GGCCGGGUGGCGGCGGGCGUGACGCGCGCUCCCGGUAGAAAAAGGCGCGGGUGCAGGAGAGGCGUGGAGCCGCGAGGAAACAGCAGGGCGAGGAGGCCGCACCGGGAGCCUCCAAGGGGAUUUACACGGAAAACUCCUCCUCCGCAAUUAUACAGAAAAAAGGGAGGGGGGCCUAAAAAAUAAGAAAAUAGCUACGUUUCAGCCGUUCCGAGCACGGCGACCUUCCCUUACACGCUGGCGUUUAUUUAUGUGUAUUUUCAGGAUGCUAAUUUAUGAUUUGUUUGAUUUUUCUUAUUAGAAGUAAAAUAUGAAAAAGCUGGACUCGCGACACAGCCGACAGAUUGGAGCCGCAAUCUGUGUCGCGUUCUUCUUAAUACAGUGACAAAUUGUCAAAAAAAAACUGACAGAAACAAAGACACGUUCCUGCCAAGUGCAUCAUUCAUUGUUGUUUUUCUACUGUUACUUUGGGAAUAUUUUGGCACAGUUUGUCAUUGUUUGUUGCGUUGAUGAAUUUCUGCUUUUUUGGGGCUGACGUAAGUGCAACCUCAAGGCUUUCAUUGAGCGGUCUCUUUGCUGGAAAUUAUUAUGCAAUAAUAAAAAUAUUUAAUAAAAAAUAAAGGAAUCGCCUUCCUGACAGUUCACAGACACCGGUGAUUCGUCUGAGGGAUGGUGCCACGAUUUUGACGCUGCCGUGUAAUUUAACGAUUUUUCCAGAGGAACGACUCUUCUGGGUUUUUGUUUUCAUCUUUAUAUGUCUGAUAACCAGAAGGGGGAACUUCAGAUGUAUUCGAGAUUGCAAAGAGAAUCUUUGGAAUUAAAUUUUAAAAGACAAAAUUGAGUUCGCAAAACGCAUCAGGCCAUAUAACCAUCUUGUAGUUUUUUUUCUUGUGCGUGUAAUGUUUUUUAUCGUUUACUUUUUGGUGAUUUGUAUUUGACCUGGAUUCCUGGAGUGGGGCUGCAUCUCGGCAUCCGAUGCAUGCCCCUGGCUUGCGGCUCAUGGAAGUUUUUGGGCUGCAGGGUUCAGGAGAACCAGCGCAACAUCCAUCCAUCAGCCGCCGCGAUGCUUUUCCACGGCUUUCCCGGAGGUGAAGCGCAUGGUGUCUGUGAGAUGGAGCGGAGAGGAAAGAAUGAAUCUAGCGCGAUCAGCUCGGCCAUAGACAUGGGAGAGACCGACACGGAUAUGAGCCCGGUGGACGGCGCGCGAGCGGCUCUUUGUGCCGGCUGCCGGGGGACGAUCUCCGAGCGCUACUAUCUGCUUGCCGUGGACCUGCAGUGGCACAUGAGCUGCCUGACGUGCUGCGAGUGUAAACUGAAGCUGGAAUCCGAGCUCACCUGCUUCAGCAAGGACGGCAGUAUCUACUGCAAAGAGGACUAUUACAGGAGAUUCUCGGUGCAGCGCUGUGCCAGAUGCCAUCUUGGGAUUUCCGCCUCGGAGAUGGUGAUGAAAGCGAGAGACCUGGUCUAUCACCUGAACUGUUUCACCUGCACAACCUGCAGUACGAUGCUGACGACCGGCGACCACUUCGGCAUGAAGGACGGCUUGGUGUACUGCCGCGUCCACUUUGAGACGCUCGUACGCGGGGAAUACCAGGAGCGUUUUGAUCCAGCUGACGUGAUCUCCGGUAAAACCGACCCAAUGCCUUCGAGGGUCCCGUAUUAUAACGGGGCCGUACAGAAAGGACGCCCGCGGAAAAGGAGAAUCCCCUCAACAGAUGCUGACCUGGCCAAGUACAGCGCAGGCUUCCAGUGA